AUGCCUUCUUACAAGAACAACCCUCCGGAUGAAGAGUAUCUAGACUCGAUCAAGAAACAUACCGACAAGGAAACCAACAAUCCUGAGGCGGCUCAGACUCCCCCGAAGAAAGCCACCAAUAUCAUCGGGGCCACCGACGCCAUCAAGACCGUCACGGAGAUUGUGCGUGAGGCCGGGGAAGCAUCUGCAAACCGACGUUCCUCCAUGCAGAAGGGCAAAGGCUCGGAGAAUGAUAAGAAGAAGCAAGCUUGA